GCGGCCAUCCUCGUGAAGUCCCUCAUCGAUGUCCUCCCGGAGGAGCUUCGCGACAAGAUGCACCCUUUCGAGCUCAAGUACCGUCGGAACUAUUACACCCAUAUCCCUACUGAAACACGGUGCCUGCAGGAGAUGGCUAACACAUGGCGGGAAUGUUUGAAGACACUUGAGAACCAAGAGAGGUUUUGGAAGCAGUUGUGGAUUACUACCGAACGCCACCCCGACAUCCAGAAGCAGUACGAGGUGACGGGGAAGCUCUUGGACUUCACGGUGGACCUCGCAGAUGCCGCAUCUACGGCCGAGGCCUCAUGGCUCCCGGAGUUCGAG